CUCCCCCAACGGUUCGUAUUGUGCAUUCAGGCUUGGCCUGUAACAUUGAGGAGGAGCGCUACUCUGAAAGGGUCUAUACUAUUCGGGAAGGAGAAACCCUAGAACUGACCUGCCUGGUCACAGGACAUCCACGUCCACAGAUCAGGUGGACCAAAACAGCAGGAAGUGCCUCUGACAGAUUCCAAGACUCAAGUGUCUUCAAUGAGACUUUGAGGAUUACAAAUAUUCAGCGACACCAAGGAGGCCGGUAUUACUGUAAAGCAGAGAAUGGCUUGGGGUCCCCAGCGAUAAAGUCAAUCAGAGUGGAUGUGUACUAUUUGGAUGACCCAGUAGUAACUGUUCAUCAAAGCAUAGGUGAAGCUAAAGAACAAUUUUACUAUGAAAGAACAGUAUUCCUCCGAUGUGUUGCGAGUUCCAAUCCACCGGUUCGGUACAGCUGGAGACGUGGUCAGGAGGUGUUACUACAAGGAUCUGAUAAAGGAGUUGAGAUUUACGAACCCUUCUUUACCCAGGGUGAAACCAAGAUCUUAAAACUAAAGAAUCUUCGACCUCAGGACUAUGCUAAUUAUAGCUGCAUUGCGUCAGUGAGGAAUGUAUGUAAUAUUCCUGAUAAGAUGGUGUCAUUUAGACUUUCCAACAAAACAGCAUCUCCGUCAAUUAAACUCUUGGUGGAUGACCCUAUAGUUGUAAAUCCUGGAGAGGCCAUAACAUUAGUAUGUGUUACGACAGGAGGAGAGCCUGUGCCCACUCUCACCUGGGUCAGGUCCUUUGGGACUCUGCCUGAAAAGACUGUUUUGAAUGGAGGAACAUUGACCAUACCUGCCAUCACCUCAGAAGAUGCCGGUACUUACAGCUGCAUCGCCAAUAAUAAUGUGGGAAACCCUGCAAAAAAGUCCACCAACAUCAUUGUGAGAGCAUUAAAAAAAGGACGAUUUUGGAUCACACCAGAUCCUUAUCACAAGGAUGACAACAUCCAGAUUGGGCGUGAGGUGAAAAUAUCUUGCCAAGUAGAAGCUGUUCCUUCUGAGGAGUUAACAUUUAGUUGGUUUAAAAAUGGCCGUCCAUUGAGAAGUUCUGAGAGGAUGGUUAUUACACAGACUGAUCCGGAUGUCUCCCCGGGAACGACAAACUUGGACAUCAUUGAUUUAAAAUUCACGGAUUUUGGGACAUACACAUGUGUAGCAUCUCUGAAGGGAGGAGGAAUAUCUGAUAUCAGUAUUGAUGUUAAUAUAUCCAGCAGCACAGUUCCACCCAAUCUGACUGUUCCACAGGAAAAAUCACCUCUGGUCACCAGAGAAGGGGACACAAUAGAACUGCAGUGUCAAGUAACUGGAAAACCUAAACCCAUCAUCCUCUGGUCUAGAGCGGAUAAGGAAGUUGCCAUGCCUGAUGGGUCAAUGCAGAUGGAGAGUUACGAUGGAACGCUGAGGAUUGUGAAUGUCUCUAGAGAGAUGUCAGGAAUGUACAGAUGCCAGACCAGCCAGUACAAUGGAUUUAACGUGAAACCAAGAGAAGCCUUGGUGCAGCUCAUCGUGCAAUAUCCUCCUGCUGUGGAACCUGCCUUCCUGGAAAUUCGGCAAGGACAAGACCGAAGUAUUACUAUGAGUUGCCGGGUCCUGAGAGCCUAUCCAAUACGGGUGCUGACCUAUGAGUGGCGCUUGGGCAAUAAACUAUUACGGACGGGUCAGUUUGACUCUCAAGAGUACACAGAGUACCCGGUGAAGAGUCUUUCCAAUGAAAACUAUGGGGUUUAUAAUUGUAGCAUCAUUAAUGAAGCUGGAGCUGGGAGAUGCAGCUUUCUUGUUACAGGAAAGGCCUAUGCUCCGGAGUUCUAUUACGAUACCUACAAUCCUGUGUGGCAGAACAGACACCGUGUUUAUUCUUACAGUCUACAGUGGACACAGAUGAAUCCUGAUGCAGUAGAUCGGAUUGUUGCAUACCGGUUGGGUAUUAGGCAGGCUGGACAGCAGCGUUGGUGGGAACAAGAGAUUAAAAUAAAUGGAAAUAUUCAGAAGGGAGAACUAAUUACAUAUAACUUGACUGAGCUAAUUAAACCAGAGGCAUAUGAAGUCCGACUAACUCCUCUCACCAAAUUUGGCGAAGGAGAUUCAACAAUCCGCGUCAUCAAAUAUAGUGCUCCUGUUAAUCCUCAUUUGAGAGAAUUUCACUGUGGAUUUGAAGAUGGUAACAUUUGUUUGUUCACCCAAGAUGAUACAGAUAAUUUUGACUGGACAAAGCAAAGUACUGCAACAAGAAAUACAAAAUACACCCCAAACACAGGACCGAAUGCUGAUCGUAGUGGCUCCAAAGAAGGUUUUUAUAUGUACAUUGAGACAUCUCGACCCAGACUGGAAGGCGAAAAGGCCCGACUUCUCAGCCCUGUUUUCAGCAUAGCUCCUAAAAAUCCUUAUGGCCCCACGAACACUGCGUAUUGUUUCAGCUUCUUUUAUCACAUGUAUGGACAACAUAUAGGUGUUCUAAAUGUUUAUCUGCGUUUGAAAGGGCAGACAACGAUAGAGAAUCCACUGUGGUCUUCAAGUGGGAAUAAAGGACAACGGUGGAAUGAGGCUCAUGUUAAUAUAUAUCCAAUUACUUCAUUUCAGCUCAUUUUUGAAGGUAUCCGAGGUCCUGGCAUAGAAGGUGACAUUGCCAUUGAUGAUGUAUCAAUUGCAGAAGGAGAAUGUGCAAAACAGGACCUAACGACUAAGAAUUCUGUUGAUGGUGCUGUUGGAAUUCUAGUACAUCUAUGGCUUUUCCCAGUCAUCGUCCUCAUCUCUAUCUUAAGUCCUCGAAGGUGACCUUAUCCUGGCAGAGGCUAUAAAAGAUUCACCAGGCACUGGCACGAAGAAAGAGUCUUUGUAAAUGGACAUUGAAAAAACAAACUACCAAAGAUUCCUCCACUGACUACUGACUCAAAAAUAAAAUAAUAAAAACGAAUUUUUUAAAGCACUGGGGAUAAAAAGACAUCAUGGAAAUAUAACUUAUUCCAAACUACAUAUAAAAGAUAAUCUUGACCUGAGUAGAGAAGAGACCUUCAGGUGCUUUUGUGGCUAAAAAGAUUACAGCGUCAUCUGGUCAUCUGGUUGAACUCUGGAAAAAAAAAAAAAAAAAAAGCUAUAGAAAUCCUUGUCAAAGCACAAAGUCAUGGCUGGUUUUGUUUCAAAUGAAUAGUUUGCUUGUUACCAUGGAAACCUAAUGGCCUGCCAACAAAAACCUCACUGUAAACAGGGUACGUGAAAAGCUGGCAUUUAUUUUCCUUUCAAGAAGAUUUUAGGUAGAGAAUUAAAUAAAUGUAGGCCCUUUUACCUUUGGUUGUUACCCUUCCUUGAAAAUAACCCGAACUCAGAAUUAUUUAAAACAUUCAUGCUCCUCCCCACCUAUCCCCAUCCCACCUUUGUUGUUUUUAUUUGUUUUCCUCCCAUGGCUAAGCUAGAUAACUGUAUGCUGUCUCUUUUUGCAUGCAUUACUAUCCAGGAUGGUAAACCUGGGCUUACAUAUUACACAGGCUUAUCGGAGUUUGCUCGCGGCCACUUGAACACCCAAACUAAGUCAUCUGUUCCAAUGAAGAAACCAAACCACCAUCUUUUAUAAAUUGCCAUGGAAACCAAGUGCCUUCAAUGAAACAAGCCUGAAUAAUUUUCAACUCAGAAGCUUGCACUGCUAAGAGUGGUUUGUGUAAAACUAUUUUGUAAACAAACUACAGAGCCUAAACGUGCAAAUUACAGGAGAGACGACAAAAGCCGCUUCUGAAGAAGAAAGGACCGAAGCUACUGCGUAAGCCCAUGCAGACGAGUUACUUGUUGCUGGACCUCCUAGACAGCCAUGGCCUUUCGGCUUAAUUGUCCAUCAGAAAAUAACUUCCAUUGAGACCAGACAUGGGAGCAACACUUUUUUCUUCCAGGUUAUUAAAUGGGUCAACCAGAGCAAAAGGUUGUUAAGAUAAUACUUAGCGCAGAAGGUGGUAAAACAGAGUGAUUUUUUUACUCUCACCUCCAUUUGAAAUGAAAUUGGCCCUAGCUGUAGAGGGAGCAAAGAAAAUGUUUGUGAUUGCAGUGCGUACAAACUCCACGGCGGAACUGGGCCUGAAAAAUCUGGCUUUAUUCUAAACACUGAGGGUAAUACGCCUCUGCCCUUUAGUCAGACUCUGUGCAAAUUGUGAAAUAUUAUUUUAUUAUUUUGCCGAGAUUAAAAACACUUUUACAAAAAAACAAAAACCUGUAAAAAUGAUUUUGAGCUACCUGAGGACAAAUCAUACCUUUAACCAGCCAGUUUUCCAAUGCAUUGUAAAUUUCACUUAAACCUGUUGGUUAUGAAAAUUUGAAGAUCUUUUUCCUUAAAUUAUCUCAGCUUUUAACUUCAUUUAAAAAGACUUUUGUCUAAAGAAGAAUAUUAUUAUUAUUAUAUGUUCUUUCAACACCCCAGGAUUUAAAAAAACUGAUUAUGCAAGUAAUUGGGAAAUAAGUAUUAAAUUAUAACAUUUACAAGUAUUAAUAUAAAAAGCACAACAAAAUGUAGUGGAAAAUGACAAAGCUUGGUUUUUAAAAGAAAAAAUUCUGUAGAAAUGUUUGUGCAAAUUCAGUAAUUCAACUUAAAAGAUAAUUUUACAGCUAUGUUCAAUAAAGCCUCUUUCCAGGUAAGGUA